ACUUUUUUUUAAGCUUUACUUUUUGAGGAUGGCCGGCUGCGAAGUUUUACCAGUUUCUUACAAUAAAACUGUUACUAAUGAUGGCAUUCAAAACUAUUACAAUUCUAUAAUUGAGGAACUUGAGGUUGCUGUUCAGUCCAAACUCCAGAAUUUACGCCGUUUGGAAGCUCAAAGGAAUAUUUUAAAUUUAAAAGUUCGUCAUUUAAGAGAAGAGUUGCAAUUACUACACGAACCUGGUUCUUACGUGGGUGAAGUGGUAAAAGCUAUUGGAAAAUCAAAAGUUUUAGUAAAAGUUCAUCCUGAAGGAAAAUACGUUGUUGAUAUUGAAAAAUCCAUCGACAUUACAAAAAUUACUCCUAACCUUCGUGUUGCUCUACGCAAUGAUAGCUACACACUUCAUAAGAUUCUUCCUAAGAAAGUGGAUCCUCUUGUAAGCUUAAUGAUGGUGGAGAAGGUUCCCGAUUCGACAUAUGAAAUGGUCGGCGGACUUGAUAAGCAAAUAAAAGAAAUAAAAGAAGUUAUUGAACUUCCGGUGAAGCAUCCGGAACUUUUCGAAGCGCUCGGUAUCGCACAACCAAAGGGAGUUUUAUUAUACGGCCCGCCCGGCACUGGAAAGACCCUAUUGGCCAGGGCCGUGGCCCAUCACACCGAAUGCACGUUUAUUCGCGUUUCUGGCUCGGAACUGGUGCAAAAGUAUAUCGGAGAAGGUUCGCGCAUGGUAAGAGAGCUGUUUGUCAUGGCGAGAAACCACGCGCCAUCCAUCAUUUUUAUGGACGAGAUCGAUUCGAUUGGAUCGAGCCGUGGCGAGGGCAAUGGCGAUAGCGAAGUUCAACGUACUAUGCUCGAGCUUCUUAACCAAUUGGACGGCUUUGAAGCUACUAAAAAUAUUAAAGUUAUUAUGGCAACCAAUCGAAUUGAUAUUUUGGAUCCGGCCCUCCUCCGUCCUGGUCGGAUUGAUAGAAAAAUUGAGUUUCCUGCACCUAAUGACGCUGCCCGAUUCGAUAUCCUAAAAAUUCAUUCCAAAAAAAUGAAUUUAACUCGCGGCAUUGACUUGUCCAAAAUUGCUGAUUCGAUGCCUGGAGCAAGCGGCGCCGAAAUAAAAAGCGUCUGUACUGAAGCGGGAAUGUUUGCUUUACGGGAACGGCGUGUCCACGUGACACAGGAAGAUUUUGAAAUGGCAGUCAGUAAAGUCAUGCAAAAAGAUUCUGAGAAAAAUAUGUCUUUGAAAAAAUUGUGGAAAUAA